AUGUUAAGGUUGGUGUUGGCCUUGUCUGUUUUAUGCUGUGUGCUUCUGAAAUCAUCAGCUCAGACAUGCAAAGGGUACACUUUCCCUAACAAGAAGGUUUUUUCCACUUGUCGUGAUCUUCCUCAGUUGUCCUCUUUCCUCCAUUGGACCUAUGCAAAGGACACUGGCAAGCUCCACAUAGCAUAUACACGUUCCGGAAUAAUGUCAAACAAUAGGUGGGUUGCAUGGGCUAUCAAUCCCAACAAGAAUAACUUGAAUAAUGCUAAGGUUGGAGCACAAGCUCUUGUGGCGGCUAUCCCAGAUUCUGGGGGUGCCCUAAGAGUCUAUACUUCCGUCGUUUCUAACUACAACACCCAUUUGGAAGAGGGAAAUAUCAGUUAUCCUCACUCAAACUUGAAGGCCACCUGUCACAAUAAUGAGGUUACCAUUUUUGCUACUCUCACUCUUCCAAAGGGUACAAGCUCCUUCGUCCACCUUUGGCAAGAUGGUCCUCUCAUUGGUUCUACCCCUCACAUGCAUGACAAGGGUUUUGGUAACCUCAAUUCCAAGGAAAUCUUGGAUCUUGUUUGA